AUGGGCGUGUUCCCGAAGAAGAAAUACGUCUCGUCGGCCGAUGCGAACACCAUUGCGGCGCGCUACCGAGCCGCACUCGCGAAACGCCCAUUCCUCCUGUUCGGCUUGCCUUUUAUGUCCAUCAUCGUCGCAGGCUCCUUCGUGCUCACGCCAGCAACGGCUAUCCGAUACGAGAAAUAUGACAGGAAAGUGCGGCAGAUGACCCGGGAGGAAGAGCUCGGGGUCGGCAGGCAGGGACGCAAGGUUGACAUAAGGGACGAGUACUACCGACUUGCCGCAAAGGACCUCGACGAUUGGGAACAGAGACGGGUGAAGCGACUGCCAGGCGAGAGCGACGGCGUGCUGUGA